AUGAUUUUCAGAUUAGCGCGUGCUCAAGAUUUUUUUAACAAGCUCGAGGAGUUUGGUGUAUACAAAACAGGCUAUUUUAAAACUUGCAAACUGUGUCGUGAAAAACUUGGCUUACCUUCAGCACGUAACAAUAGUAUAAUAAUAAGCAAUCAACAGACAAAUAAAUCUAAAGAGUCUUGCGAAAAUGAUACCAUUUUAUCUACCAGUGAAGAUGAUAUAUUGUUACAUGAUAUAAUCGAGCUAGAGGAUUUGGAGGACUUCAUAUCAACUGAAAUUGAAGCAUACGAGAACAAUUCAAUUGGAAUCGAAACAACUUUGGGAGCAUUUGCAACAUCAAUCACAUACCUUAACGCAAAAACAGCAACAUAUCUUCUACAAGAAGAUGAAAGUUACUCUCUACUAUAUAGCAAUCAAGAAAAUGAACUUUUCGAAUUUGCAUUCACCACACCAUUUCUACAAUUGUUAUAUGAUAUAUAUGAUGAAAUAUGUAUGGAUGCCACAUACAAAACAAAUAAUACAGGGUUCGAGCUUUAUACAGUUAUGGCAAACAUCGAAGGCGUGAGCUAUCCGUUAUCAUACUUGUUUUUGAAUUCUUCACCAACUACACCUAAUAUGCGCACCAUGGCUUUAACUGAUUAUCUAUAUGCAUUACAAAAACAAGAA